UCCACUAGACAUAAAAUGUCACGUGAGAGAACCCGAAAAUGGAUUUCAUGCGGUAACCGUGUGACGCAGUUACAGUUGUAGACCGUUCAAUCUGAAUCAACUGAUAAGAUAGAUUUUCUGUUGUAAUUGUGUAUUCAAUCAGGACCGUCCGAUCUGAAUCUAAUGGCUGAGAUUGAUUACUGUGGGAAACCGUGGCAAAUUCCCGGGGAAUCGUGGUCCAGAGAACCCCCACCGUGGCAAAUUGUCUCCACUUCCAUUUGGUUAACAACGGUUGAUUAAACAAAUCAAAGGUUUUGAACGCGGUGACGAGAGGACUCUGACUCGCGGAUUGUUCUGUUGUAUGCGAAGAGGGUGAGUUUGUCUUAAUCUCCAGACAGACAAAUGGCAACACCACCAGCCACGGAUGAUGAUGAUGAUACUCGUUCACAUGGAGAUGUUGGAGUCAAGGAGAAAGAGAUGGGCCAACGUGCUGAUGAUGGAGGUGACACAAAAGGCCUCAUUUUUGAGUCCACCUUAGGCCUCAAAAUGUUUGGGACCGACCAUGCAGCUUGGGAUAAAAAGAUAGGAACAAUAUUAUCAAGAAACAUGCUGCCAAAACAACUGGUCAGCCAUCAAGUUGAAGAAACUCCGACCAUCCAAAAUUCUGAUUAUGAAGUAUUCUUUGAAACAUUAAAGGUUUCUAAUGCAUCACAAUUGUUGUCUUUGCCGCGCAACUUGCUAAGCCUAAGAAUUAAGGGAUGUGAAUCAUUGGAUGUCCUUCCAAAUGAUUUGUUUGAUGGAUUAACCUUUCUUAAAGAGUUGGAAUUGAUCGACUGUUCUUCUCUAAUAUCCAUCCCUUACCCUACUUCCUUGACUACACUUAACAUACGCAACUGUAGAAAUUUUGAAUUGCUCCCAUCCUUAGAAUCAAGGAAGAGGCUUUCCUCUAUUCACACUUUGUCCAUUGGGAACUCUUGUGAUUCCCUCACUACAUUGUCUUUAGAUUUUUUCCCGAAACUCAAAGAUCUUUCUAUAAGGCAUUGUCCCAAUUUUUUAUCUUUAAAUGUUACAGGGAUAUAUACGGGUGAUCUUGCAUUAAAGUCUUUACAAAUCAUAGAUUGUCUAGGAUUCAAUUCUUUCCCAGAUGAAGAAUUCCACACACCAAACCUAAAUUCCAUCAUCCUUUACGAAUGCCAGAAUCUUUACAAAUUCCCUGAUUUUGUUAAAUCUCUAGCAUCUCUCCUUACAUUAUAUGUAGUUAGAUGUCCGCAUAUUGAAUCUUUUUCAAAUGGGGGUUUGCCUUCAAGCUUAACUUUCCUCUCUAUUGACAAUUGUGACAAACUUACAUCACAAAAGGAUUGGGGAUUGGAAAAUCUCAAGUCUCUCACUGCUUUUAAGAUUAGAGGUGGAUGCAUAGGCAUGAAGUCAUUUCCAGAGGAGAAGCUGCUUCCCAAAACCAUCACGUCUCUAUGCAUCACUGACUUAAAGAGUCUUACAAAGUUGGACGACAAGGGGUUUCAACAACUGAAAGCUCUUCUUAAACUUGAAAUUUAUUAUUGUGAUGUGUUGCAGCACUUGCCUGAGCAGGGCCUUCCUUCCACCUUAGUUUGUCUCGAUAUAUAUGGAUGCCCAAUGUUGACUCCAAGCCUUAAACCCGAGACAGGAAAGUACUGGCGCAUGGUGGCUCAUAUCAAAAGUAUAAUAAUUGAUAAUCAGAGAGUUCGGGAAUAAAAAAGCUAAGUGCUUGGGUUUUUGUAUUAAAACACCAAAACUAGGCAAAAAAAAAAUUGUUACUUAUGUAUUAUGUUAUAUGUAUUUCUUUUCACUGUGAUUCUGACACUAAAGAAUUGAUUAUUCUAAAGUUCAUUUUCUCUACACAACUAUGUUAGUUCAUGACAGUAUUUUGUGCAUUA